AUGGCAGAGCAACUCGCUCAAAUAGUGUGCGAGGUGGAACGCCUGGUCACCGCACCUUACGUACCUUCAUUACAGGACCUCCAUGAUCUGGUGCAUCAAAGCAGUCCCUCGACGAUUGGCGCCUGGGCAUUGUGCAAGCCUUGCCAAGUUGGCUUGUUGGCUGAUGUUUUGGUCGAAGCCUUAUCGCGAUCACGCGUCGCUCUGCCUCUGAUCACUGCAUUCGCAUCUGCAUCGUCCUUUAGAGAUGCGCUGCUCGAGCGACAACCGGUGAUUUUGGAUGCCUUUUUAGAAAAGGCCGUGGACACUAAUGGGGCUGAGUAUUUUCCGGCAUGUAUCGCAUUAUUCUCAUCGCCCCUGCCAGCGGGUGUUGUGCCGCCAGCUAGGAUUGCCCCCUUCAUCACAAAGCUGGUCGGCAUGAUGGCAGAGAAUCCCUGUGUUGAGACUGUAACACCUAUCCACGCACUCAUCUCAGGACUCAAAGGCUCGCCAAGGAUCUUGAAUGACAUUCCGUCCGAGAUCAUGUCCAACCUACAGCUAGAGUUCACCAAGACACUGCGCAAUCUCGACGAUCAUAUGGGCAACCUCCUGUGUCUAGCAACCUUUGCGCAGAUUGCGACGGCACUAAGUACAACAUCUCAAAAUCAACACGGAUCAGAUAUCCCAUGGCUCCUUAACAUCAAGCAUUUCUUUGGCCAGAAACGGGGUCUCAAAACACUCGACUUGGUCGUCUUGCGUGUUAUACUAGCUUGCUCAUCCAGUUGCAAUCUGGCAUCACCUGACGCAGCUGAGAGCAUCCGGCUGGCUAUUUGCAUCGCUGACGCAAUUGAGCCUGAGCAGAAACAGGCUUGGAUGGCAGGUAAUAGUCCUAAAAUUGCUAAGCUGUGCGAGAAGGCUGUCAGAGAUGGUCUUUAUGGUCAAACACAAACGAUGGCAAUCUUCUUUUUGCUCACACUUCUCCCGGCACUUUCGUUACCGUUCCAGCUGCGGGAACUUGGAAUAAAGGCCCUUUUGUCCAAGCAUAGCCAAGAGGCCAUGGAAAAUAUACCCCAUCAACUAAUUCCACGCCUCGCAAAAUCUUUAGCUGAAUCUGGAGAAGCUGCCACUCGUCAACUUUUGGCCUUUACUUUUGAUGUCUUAAGAGGUAGUAAAUGGUCGAGGAUUAGAGAGAUGGCGACACUGCACUUGGCACACUUGGUAUUGGCUGGUGUGCAAGAGGUACAUGCCGAGAUCAUGCUCUCCAGUCUCAACAACUCCAUGCUCCCUUUGAGGGAAGUGCUUGGGGAAGUGGUUGAAUACUUUCCCCGACAGCCAAGCGAAAGCCAAUGCAGUGGUCGAGCAUGUUGUGCGUCCGAGCUAUCCACAAAGCAAAACAGACUGUUUCUAUCCCUAUUACGACUUUACAACGGGGCUUCGGCGCAAAACGGAAGCGACAUUAUCAUGAACUCCUUUAUGGGACGAGUGGAGCAAUCAAUGCCGAGCCUCACCUGUGCCUUCUCGACAACAACUCCCAAAGCCUUCCGUGGCUCCAUUGCCUUGCGCGACAGGCAUGACUUCUCGUCAACUCAGAUAAACCGCAAUUGGCGCUCGGGAGUUACCGAACUCUUCAUGCAGAAUGCCCAGGCCUCUCACGACAGUUUGAUGAGAAAGAUCGAGGACACGUGCUUUGUCCUCGAGCAUCGAUGUCACGAUGUUGAAGGACCCCUACGAGCUGUCGAGGAAGAGCGGGACUUAUAUGCGAGCGAAAACGAGCAACUGCGAAGGAAAAAUGAAGAGUUGAACGAACAACUGACAGCCAAAAAUACAGAGAUUCAAACUAAGUUAAGGAACUCUCACGAAUCUUUUGUUCAACUUAACAACGAAAACACACGACUUGAACAACUCCUUCAAGGUCAAUACGCAUAUACCGAUGAGCUGACUAGGUCGCUCAAGUCUGCACGCGAGGAGCUUCAGCGGCAGCAACGGAGUUCCGAGAACGCACUUUUCGUCGAAAAGGAAAAGGCUCGCUCUAAGGAAUUGGAGAUGAUCGCAAAUUUAACUGGAAAGGAUGAUCAACUGGAAGAUCUUCAGGAGGAGAUGUGCAGAUUGCAAAUGAAAAAUGAGCAGGCGCGCCAUAGUUUUGAUCAAAUGUCAAGCGAAAAGGCCACUUUAUCCAAGCUCUCUGGCUCUCUGGAGCAAGAACUUGCUAGUGUUACAGAGGAGUUGAAACAAACCAGACUUCAUGCCGAUGAGAAAGAAGAUAAAUUGAGCCUCCUCCUGGCCCAGGAGGAAGAGUUGAGAAAGGAACUGGGAUCCAUGGAAACAUCGGUUGCACAACAGAAUAUUGAAGUUGAGAGGCUCUGUUCUACAUUGGAAGAAUCCGAGGAAAAGUCGCGGAGUGAGAUUGAAAAACUGAAACAUGACCGUGAAGCCGAAGCUUCUCGGGCCACAUCCGAGAUAGCAAAACAUGAGACAGAAAAUCGGCGAUUGCAUGCAGCUAUGCAAGCUGCCGCUCUUGAUGCUUCCAGGGAUGCCCAAUCGAAAGCCAAACGGAUCCAACACUUGGAGAGAAAGGUGCAAGCCUUACGAGACGAACGUGCGGCCAAGGCCCGUGAAUUCUCCGAGGCACAACAACACAUCGGCCGUCUAAUGGGCGUGAUGGGCUUCUCUGCCAAUACCCCUGAGUCAAACGCCUCUCCAAGACAUCAGCGAACCAGGUCCUCUGUCAACGCCACUCCAGCCGCAAGGGUCCCUCAAACCAUAAGCGAUGAUGAAGAUGACGUACAGCUCGCACAGACCUUUGAAUCCAUGACCUCCAACUUCAACGGACCUACCCCAAAACGACCAAGAGGGAAUCGUAAAUCAACAAACCUGCCUUAUGAUUUGAACACCCCCGCAGCUGCAGCUCCCAAGACGAAAAGCCCGCCGCUAGCCAGCGGUAUGUCUCGCUCGGUGAGAAAGCCACUGGCAGAGGCUGACCACAACAGCCCGACAAAAUUACAUUCAAGCAGUGCAUCAAAACGCAAUCAGGUGGAUGAUUCUUUCCAGGAGACGCAGGUCCCGGGUAACUUGGAGGGCGACCGACUUCAUAGUCUAGAUUUGGAUAUGGAUCUUGAGUUUUCCAAAGACUUUCUCUUUUCGAGCACUGCUUUUACUGGGUCAACGGAUCAGAUACCCCCGCGGUGA